GAUGGCACCUUCACAAUCUGUUUUCGUCCAGUGUCUGCUGUUGGUUUCUGUGGCUCAGAUGAAUGGUCUACAUGAGGAGGGUACUUUCCUCUCAGUAUCUUUUGGAGAGAACAUUACAUUACGUUGUGCUUCAUCUGAUGAUGACCAGGUCGGAGCUAAACUUUACUGGUUCAGGCAAAAAUUGGGCAUGAAACCAGAGCUCAUCUCUUCAUACUUUAAAUAUGACGAAAAGAGUGAAUUUUAUGGAGAAUUUCUCAGCAACAAUCGUUUGAAGCCGGAUUAUGACAAUAACAAAAAUGACUUGCAUAUCAAGAAUGUAAACAUCUCUGAUUCUGCUGUUUAUCACUGUGUGCGAAGUUAUUUACACCAAAGUGAGUUCCUGGAAAGUGUCACUGUGAUUGUGAAGAGUUUGAGCCCAACAGUUGAAGUCCAUCAGUCUCCACAUGAGGAAAUAGAACCAGGACAUUCUGUGGUUCUAAACUGUAGUGUCCAGACUGAGAGGUGUGAAGGACAGCACAGGGUUCACUGGUUCAAACAGUCUGAAGAGUCUGCAGCAGGAGUCCUGUACAGUCAUGGAGGAGGUCGUGUGGGUGAUGGGUGUAAGAACGAUGGAAAAAGUCCAACCAACUCCUGUGUGUACAGCCUCCCCAUACACAAUGUGAACUCAGAGCAGACUGGGACCUACUACUGCGCUGUGGCCGCCUGUGGACAAGUCCUGUUUGGGAACGGGACCAGGGUCAUAAUAACAAAUGGAGAACAGACUAUAGUUAUUUACCUCUUGAGUGGAGCUUUGGCAGUCUCCUCAGUCCUGGUGAUGCUUCUGGUUUUCUCACUGUGCAGAGUCAAAAAGAAAUACAACAUUCUGUCCACAGAACUGAAAUAUCAGUCCAGAAUACUGGCUACGACCAAUGGAGAGGAGCAGGACGUGCACUCCCUCCAUUACGCUGCCCUGAGCGUCCAGCCUCCGUCCAGAAGACAGAGAGUCACCGCUCACACUGACUGUGUGUACUCCAGUGUUCACCCACAUGACUGAACAUGGACACAGCAGGGUGCUAGAUGUGCUUUUGUGGGACUUGCUGCUUCCCUUACAGAAGGAAUAUUAUUAUGUGAUCCAUGGAUGAGUAAUCUAGAGAUCUGUCCCGCCCACUAUUAGCGCCUUCACUGCAGUUAGUGUUACGAUUCUGUGCAACGCUCAGACCCAAGCCUAUAUCAGCCUUUCUCCAACCCAGCCAUUUUUCAUGAAGCAGGAUACAGAGCAAAUCCACUACAACUUCACAAACCUGAUGAGAUGUGCAGUAGUUUAAUUAUUAGAAUGCAAGGGGAGUAGGGACUACAAGAGAAACAAAGUACACAUGUUUUCAAACAAUAAAAUGUCACAUGAUGAUCUAAAUAUAUUAUGUGUUAACAAGUAGAAGAUUGGAAGUAUAAUACCUCCUCUUUAAAAGUGACAUAUUGCACUGUUUCUGGUUUUAGUAAUAAACUAUUACAUACCCGGAUCAUGAUUUUACAUUCUGUUCACUGAAAUAAUUUAUACUUAUCUAAAACAAUAUUUAUGAUUAGACUAAUAAAUAUUGUAAGUAUCCUUGUAUGUACUGAGGCCAGAGGUAAUUCAUCUGUAAUGUGGAAAACUUUUUUGUUUCAUCAGGUGAGGAAUUGUCUAUUGGUUUUAAUUUGAGAUCCAGGCUAGACCCAACCAACCCACAGACCAAGUAACUCAAAGUAACUCAAUCAGAGGUCUUGGCGCUCAUAGACAAAUAAACAAUAGUGCUAGAGAAGAAGAAAUCAACUCAUAUUGUUCUUAAAUUCCAAUGACAUACUGCAUGUUUUGCAAUUUGGGUUCCACCCUCAGUAUUGAACUGAAACUGCAAACUGCUGUUUUAUUUAUUGAACAAAUUAAACUGGCUAUUGUUAAAGGCCAAAUUAUUGGUGCAUUUUAAAUUUUUUUUUUAGAUAUAUGAAAUGGUUUAAGAACAUAGCUGGAACAAAUAUAAUAGUUUGUAAUAAUCAACAAUGAAAGAUCGUUCUUUUUAACAUUCAAAACAGGGGUCUCACAGGGAUCAAUAUUUUUAAACACUUGUCCUGGGGCUUGCAGCCAAAUGUAUGCAGACGAUGCCUUUGCACAGGUGUAAAGCAAAUUUAUGGAAGCCAUUAUUGCUCAGCUUCAGUACCAUCUACAAGCUGUUGCAGUAGAUAGUGUUAGUUUGCUUCUCUUGUUGACAAUCUGUGAGACAUCAAUCAAAUGAGAGGUCGAUUAUCUCGGCCUUAUCCCGGACAUCUAAAUUGUACAGCUUCAGAAUAAUCAUACUGCAUGUUUUUUAAAAGCAACCAGAAACUGCAACAACACAGAACAAGACAGCUCGGUUUAUACAAAGAUUAGCCUCACUUGGAUUGGAAUAUAGAAUCCUGAACAACUCAGCAUGUGCACCUCUCAAGCUCUAUGUUCAGUCCACAUCUGCAGUGAAAACCAGAGCCACGUGUGUCUCCCACCAAUCUCCUGACUGGACUAAACAGCCAAACAAAAUAUCCAAGAUUCUCUGUGGAGCUUUAAAAAAUGGUUGUGGAAUAAACAAACCUGCAGCACUGAUAACAAGUGUUCAAUAUCACACAGUGUGAAAUGUGCAGCACUGAUAUUUUGUGUUUUUGUAUGUAGAUACGGGCUCAUGUAAUAGUGAAAUGUAGAA